AUGGCCUGCUGGGUUCAGUCUCCACCCAGCUGCUCUACAUUAGCCGGGCAGAAUCUGUGCUAUGCUUUCUACCCUCAUUGCCCUUCUAUGCCUCGGUCUGUAUCUGAGCCAGAGGAUCAGCUCCCAGAUGCAGAUUCUCUCAAAACCUAUCAUCUGGGCCAAGCCCAAUUUCAUGAUUCCAAGUGGAAUGCCGGUGAUCAUCUGGUGCCAGGGAACUCACAAGGCCACUGAGUACGAGCUGCAUUUUGAGGGACACCUUUUUGCCUUAGAGACCCCGAACCCACGUGGAAUGACAAACAAAGUCAAGUUCUCCAUCCAGACCAUGACUUCACACACUGCAGGGCAAUACAAGUGCCUGUAUCGAAGUGGGGAGCACUGGUCAGAGCCUAGUGACCCUCUGGAUCUGGUGUUAACAGGAAUGUAUGACAAACCCACCCUCUCAGUUCAUCCUGGGGCUGAGGUGAUCUCAGGAGAAAAUGUGACCUUUUACUGUCGUCUAGAGACUGCAACAAGCACGUUCUUCCUGAUCAAGGAGGGAAGAUCCAGCCGCCCACAGCACAAAUAUGGGAAUAUUCAGGCAGACUUCUAUAUGGGCCCUGUGACCACAGCCCACAGAGGAACAUACAGGUGUUUUGGUUCUUAUAACAACCAUCUAUGGUCUUUCCCCAGUGAGCCUGUGAUGCUCCUGGUUACAGGAGAUGUUGGGAACACCAGCCUUGCAUCCACAGAGCAGCCCUCUUCUCCUGACUCUUGGAAACCCUCCUUGUUAACCACAAAGAUGGAAUUCCAGAAAGAUCUUGCCAUCUGGGACCACACUUCCUGGAAUCUCUUUCGGAUUAGUCUGGCUUUCCUGGUCCUGGUGGCUGUGUGUCUCCUGGCUAAAGACUGGCUUUGCAAGAAGAGGACUCCAGAAGGAGCCGACAGGGCUUCCAGUCAGGAAUGCAGAAGUUUCAGAACACAAAGAUCCUUGGACGAAUGACCAAAAGAUGAAAUGGUCGUCUCUGAAAGUUCAUCUUGACCUUGGUAGAGUUGAAAGCUCACCUUGACUUUGGGCUGUGUGAUCCCUGUUAUAUCCAUAGAGGAGAGAGUCACUGCAGGACAACUGCAUGGCGUUUGCUGAACCAUCCUGAAGGAGGCAGGAGGGGAAUGAAGAUGCUAAAUUUCUUCUGCAAUCAGAUCCUACUGUCUCUUCUAGGCUCUAAGUAUGUUUGUCCCUGCUUGCCACAAACCAAAUGUUUAACCACUCCGUUCUUCCCUGAAAACAUCUUCUUUAACACCAUGACCAUGGGAAUUUUGCCUUCCUACUUUGCUCUUUACCCCUAUUUCCUAUUCUUUGCUCUCUCUGCAGAUGUCAUUCAAAGUACUUACCAACCAGUACAGAAUAGGCAUUUAUUAAAUGGAACAGGAGCCAGACAGGCAACAGCCAGUCAAUGGAGAUGAAGGCAGUAAACAGUGCUCCUAAUUGUGCUGUGGCUGGAUCUCAGCCACACCCCAAUUUCCUCUAUCCUGUCCACCACAAGAUUCCAUCUUCAGUCCAUUAUCCAUACCUUGCCUUGUUCUUCAGGUCUUUUAGUAGAUGUCAUCUCCUCCAAGAGCAUUUCCUAAAUCCUUCAGCUUGACUUAUGAUACCACUUUUAUGCUCCCAAAGCACUUGAACCCUACUACUGCACAUAUAUCCAUCUUCCUGUCUCUACCCUGAACUCAUGUGAACUAAAUCUAUGUCAGAUGUAAUGGCUGUGUUCACAGUUCCCACUACCAAGAGAGUUCUCAAGAAACGUAUGUUUAAUCAGUGGAUAUAUAAAUGGGGCUGGAGGACAGCUUAGAGCUUGACACUUGAGUAUGUCCUUGAUAUGCUGUCUAGGCACCAUAAGUCCUUUCCUUCUUGAAAAUUUCUAUUUGAUCAACCCAUUAAUAUACCCAUUAUAUGGGUCCCAGCUGCCCCCCCAAUAUUCUGGUCAAAUUCAUUCUCUAUAUUUGAGUUUUCUCUUAAAUAUCGCAGAAUAAUAAUUACAACCUUAAAGGGAUAACAUGAUGAUUUAAUGAGAACUAAAUUUAUUUGGGUUAAAUUCAUUCUCUGAAUCUGAGUUUUCUGUUAAAUAUCAGAGAAAAAUAAUUCCAACCUCAAAGGGAUAACUUACAGAUUUGAUGAGGAAGAAUACCAAGAAACCAGCAUAAGCUCUGACAUACAUAAGUUACUCAAGGCAUAGUAAGCAUGAUAUUUCACAAUAUUAUAGGGAAUUGAUAACUUUACCAAUUAUUACCUCAUUACAAGUGGACCCAAUACUGAAUUUUUUUCUUUCCAUUCUUCAUCUACCAGG